GGAGGAGGCGCCGCCGCCGCUGCUGCUUCUGCGGAGCCGGGACCGCCGGCCUGAGGCAGCCAUGGCCGCCGCCGCCCCGUCCUCCUCGUCGUCGUCGUCGUCUGUGCCGGUGCUGCCGGGCCAGGUGCUGGGCCUGCCGGGCGGGGACGGAGAGGAAAACACGCGGAUUGUGAGGUUAAAGGUUGUUGCUGGAAUUGGCCUCGCCAAGAAGGAUCUCCUAGGAGCCAGCGAUCCCUACGUGAAAGUGACGGUGUAUGCAUCGGGGGACAAAGUCCUUACCAGUGUUCAGACCAAAACUGUUAAAAAGACCUUGAAUCCAAAGUGGAACGAAGAGUUUUUCUUCCGAGUCAUUCCUCAGAAGCACAGGAUCGUCUUCGAAGUCUUUGACGAAAACCGUUUGACAAGAGACGACUUUCUCGGCCAGGUCGACGUCCCUCUCUCUCAGCUGCCGACGGAGAAUCCCACGACCGAGAGGCCCUACACGUUUAAGGACUUUCUCCUUCAUCCCAGGAGCCAUAAAUCCAGAGUGAAAGGACAUCUCAGGCUGAAAAUGACUUACCUCCCUAAAAACAAUGGGGCUGAAGAAGAAGGCCCAGCACAGGCAGAAGAUUUGGAGCCUGGUGGCUGGAUUGUCUUGGACCAGCCGGAGGCUCCCGGCCAGUUGCAGGACCCGGAGGCUUCUCUGCCCCCCGGCUGGGAAGAGCGGCAGGACGUCCUGGGCAGGACCUACUACGUCAACCACGCCUCGAGGAGGACCCAGUGGGACCGCCCCACGGCCGAGGAUACGGGUCCUGAGGCAGGCGGCGCCAGCGUCCAUCUCGAGGUGCUGCGGGCUUUUGCUCAUCGCCAUCAGAUCAGCGAGGAGGCCGAGGGCCUGGACAGCCGGGAGUCCCCUGAGAGCUGGGAGAUCAUAACGGAAGACGAGGCGACUGCCUACAGCCACCAGGCCCCUCAGGCGACGGGGCCGCAGGGUCGCUUGGAGGGGGCGACCGGCCUUGCCGAAGAGCUGGACGGUCGGCUGACCACCCCUGCGAGUUCAGGGCCUGUCCUCGCCGCGAGUGACCCAGACGGAGGAGGCAGCGCCCUGCAGACGUUCCAAGCCGAGGAACAGCCGGCGCUCCCCGUGUUGCUGCCCACGUCGGCCGGGCUGCCUCCUGGCUGGGAAGUGAGGAAGGACGAGAAAGGGAGGCUUUACUACAUCGACCACAAUUCCCAGACGACCACCUGGAAGAAACCCCUCGGACAGGCAGGAGCGGAGGUGGCCCCCACGGAGGUGGCCUCGGGCUCUCCCGCCCGGCCACCGCUGGCCUCCGAAGACUCCUCGCGGCGGCCUUUGAGUCCGAAGGUGGCGGAAGCAGAUCAGGGAUUUCUCCCCAAGGGCUGGGAGAUCCGUCACGCCCCGAACGGGAGGCCCUUCUUCAUCGAUCACAACACCAAAACGACCACGUGGGAUGACCCCAGACUGAAAAUUCCUGCUUCCGUGAGGAGAAAGACUUCUGUAGACCCUGUCGAUCUCGGCCCGUUGCCCCCUGGCUGGGAGGAGAGGAUGCACACGGACGGACGAACCUUCUAUAUAAACCACAACACGAAGAAGACUCAGUGGGAGGACCCUCGCUUGCAGACCCUCGCCAUCACUGGACCUGCUGUGCCUUAUUCCAGAGACUAUAAAAGAAAGUAUGAAUUCUUCAGGAAGAAGUUAAAAAAGCAAAGUGACAUUCCAAAUAAGUUUGAAAUGAAACUGCACCGUGCCACCAUCUUUGAGGACUCCUACCGGAGAAUCAUUGCCAUCAAGAAACCAGAGUAUCUCAAGGCCAGACUAUGGAUUGAAUUUGAAGGGGAAAAGGGGUUGGACUACGGAGGCGUCGCCCGCGAGUGGUUCUUCUUCCUCUCCAAGGAAAUGUUUAAUCCUUACUACGGACUGUUCGAAUAUUCCGCCACGGACAACUACACCCUGCAGAUCAACCCAAACUCCGGCAUGUGCAACGAGGACCACCUCUCGUACUUCAAGUUCAUCGGCCGUGUGGCCGGCAUGGCCGUCUAUCACGGGAAGCUCUUGGAUGGUUUCUUUAUUCGUCCUUUUUACAAAAUGAUGCUCCAGAAGCCGAUUACGCUCCACGAUAUGGAAUCAGUGGACAGUGAGUAUUACAGCUCCCUGAAAUGGAUCCUGGAAAAUGACCCCACGGAGCUGGACCUCCGGUUCACGGUGGAUGAGGAACUUUUUGGGCAGACUCACCAGCAUGAGCUGAAGAGUGGCGGAUCGGAGGUGGUGGUCACCAACAGGAACAAGCAAGAGUACAUCUACCUGGUAAUACAGUGGCGAUUUGUAAACAGGAUACGAAAACAGAUGGCCGCCUUUAAAGAGGGUUUUUUUGAGCUGAUACCACAAGAUCUCAUCAAAAUCUUUGACGAAAAUGAACUAGAGGUAAGGGGCACACUACCCGGCCUUGGAGAUGUUGACGUGAACGACUGGAGGGAACACACAAAGUAUAAGAAUGGCUACAGUGCUAAUCAUAUCGUUAUCCAGUGGUUUUGGAAGGCCGUGCUCACGAUGGACUCUGAAAAACGCAUCCGGCUCCUCCAGUUUGUGACCGGCACGUCCCGGGUUCCUAUGAAUGGAUUUGCUGAAUUAUAUGGUUCCAAUGGGCCGCAGUUGUUCACGAUCGAGCAGUGGGGGACCCCCGAGAAGCUGCCCAGAGCUCACACUUGUUUCAACCGCCUGGAUUUGCCUUCCUAUGAAUCCUUUGAAGACUUGUGGGAGAAACUGCACAUAGCAAUUGAAAACACUCAGGGUUUUGAUGGCGUAGACUGAACCCUGUGAGGGAGAGAGCGAGAGAGCGUGGGGCCGGGCUUCUUUUCUGCGCUGCAAAUGGAAUGUUUACAAAGAAAACACAUUUAUUCCAGGGAAAUCUAUUGCUGUGCUGAUUUGGCAAUUGACUCUUUAGGGUAUCAUAUUUUUUUAAAAGCAAAGUAUUAAUUGCACCCAUGCUUGAUUGCAUUUUUCAUUUCAAACUCUGGCCUGUUGCAUUUAGCAGGUGCAAAAUGAACUUUGAGGAGGCCAAUGGCCACCCUUGCCUUACCUUACCUUACCUCUCAGAAUGUCUGCCUUCCUGGCGCUCUGAAACUACUGAAAACAGAAACUGUGAACAAGCGGGCUUGAUCUGUCCCUCUGUCUGUCCGUCCAUCCGUCUGCCUGUGUGUGCGUCCUUCCUUCCAAAACGGCAAAAGAGCGCCCGACUCCUGACCUCGGGCUGUGAGGCUUUUCUUCCCGCUUUCCCAAGCACCUUACUUAUAGAUAUUUCAGUAAAAACCUCACGAGGCUUUCAUUGGGAGUUUCCAGCCCCUUCGGUGGGGGCCUCGGCGCAAGGGGGUCGCAAGCUGCUGGCCGUGCUGAACCCCGGCCGUCCCUUUCAGGUCACUCUCAGCAGAACAGAGAGCCAGCCGCUCAAGAGGGCUUCCCAGUGGCUCGUACUUCGUGAUUUUUUAAAAAAUUAAAAUAAAAUAUUGACACUUAUAUUUCUAAUUUUUUUAACUUUUGAGGUUAAAAGUAGCAUGAACUUGAGAUUAUUUUAAAACUUGUUUGAAUUUGUAUACUAGUGUAUUUUGGAUAGAUCCUAUUUUGGUAAAUUGUCUCACGGACAAUAUUUUCAGCUUUGUGUCCUCAAAAUCAAAACCGUCUUUUUGUUUUGUUUUGUUUAAUGCCACAGUGUUACAUUGUAGCAAAAGGCCUUUUCAUAUCCAUUCUUGCAGUAUUGCACCACAAAAAUAUGGGCAUGUUUACGUGGUUUUAUGGGCCAAAUUCUGCAAUCCAAUGUGUGCAAAUGUAAGUCACACUUUGCAGAAUGCGUACAGGGCAGGGUUUGGCCCUGAAAUUUGUUUACACGUUAGUCGACUUGCCUUCCGCCUCCUUCUACCCUAACUGCAUUUUUAUAUUUUGUCAGUGUUUAGUCUAGGAACCAAAUAAAAUACAGUAUAACCAAAGUUACAGGAAAUAACGUGCCAUUUAUUGAGAGAGAACCGUUUGCCGUUCAGCUUGAAGCUUCUUGUAACCCUUGCAAAAUAGAAAUUUUGAUAUUUUCACUACGGAAGGAUUGGGACUGGGACGUUGGUUGGUGCUGACGGAUCCUCUCCAGGCCCGAGGAGUGGGACUGUUCACGGCAGUGGCCGGCGUGCUUUUCUGACCGCUGGGAGUAGCUGCCACCCCGGGGGGGGCACCGUCCAGGCCCUGCCGGGUGCUUUUCAUGUCCCCUGGAGAAGCGUAUGUGCUCUGUCGCAGUUGGCCGUUCAGAAGGCCCACAGCUGGCCUGGCCAGUGAGUCUUCAGGCAAAUUUUAAAAUCUUUUGGGGCUGAGUCUCCUGCAGAGGAUUUCAGGAAAUAAAGACAACGGUUCAGUCUAGGUGGUAAUUCUUUUCAUAAAACUUGGAGUGAUCUGUCCAUACAAACUGGAAUGUAACUGUCAGGAGUACUUCAGUCUCUAACAAAUGGAGGAUCUGGAACAGUGAAUAAAAUGCAUUCUAAA